CGGGACUCAGCUGGCAGCAGCCCCACGUCUCUAUGGUUCUAAAGCCCAGUCCGUUUCUGCUCAGCAGGGAGAUGGCCAGUUCCCCAGAGAACUUGCCCAGGGUCCCAGCCGUGGCCCUGGGAGGGUGCAGGGGUUGGUGAGGGAGUAUCCCGAGGCUGUGGGCCCUGCCUCUGUGGCCUGGGGUGCAGAUGUACACCACCCUGCCCUGUCCUCUCGAGUCCUCUGGGCUCAUCUGAGGCGGCGCGUUCGGGUGGUGCAAACUCUGGAUGGCGUAAUGUGUCUUUUCUUCUCUGGCUGGCACUGACUUGCUGUUCACCAGAUGCCACCAAUGAGGACACUCCCCCUCCCGGAUGCAGGACUGGUUGCCACCAUGGGGAGGGGUGCACCGUGCCACGUGCUCCCAGGACACUGGCCAGGGGGCUAUAAAGAACAUCUCGAGAGGAGCCAGCACAGCCUUGUUCAGACGCCCAGUGACCUGCCGAGGUCGGCAGCACAGAGCUCUGGAGAUGAAGACCCUGUUCCUGGGUGUCACGCUCGGCCUGGCCGCUGCCCUGUCCUUCACCCUGGAGGAGGAGGAUAUCACAGGGACCUGGUACGUGAAGGCCAUGGUGGUCGAUAAGGACUUUCCGGAGGACAGGAGGCCCAGGAAGGUGUCCCCAGUGAAGGUGACAGCCCUGGGCAGUGGGAACUUGGAAGCCACAUUCACCUUCAUGAGGGAGGAUCGGUGCAUCCAGAAGAAAAUCCUGAUGCGGAAAACGGAGGAGCCUGGCAAAUUCAGCGCCUUCGAGAUGGACCAGAUCACGCCUGCCCUCUGGGAGGCCCUAGCCAUUGACACAUUGAGGAAGCUGAGGAUUGGGACAAGGAGGCCAAGGAUUAGAUGGGGGCAGGAAGCUCAUGUACCUGCAGGAGCUGCCCGGGAGGGACCACUACGUCUUUUACUGCAAAGACCAGCGCCAUGGGGGCCUGCUCCACAUGGGAAAGCUUGUGGGGCCGUGCCGCUGUCCCCACCUUGGCUCACCUGGCCACCUCACCUGCAUGUAGGAAUUCUGAUACCAACCGGGAGGCCCUGGAAGAAUUUAAGAAAUUGGUGCAGCGCAAGGCACUCUCGGAGGAGGACAUUUUCACGCCCCUGCAGACGGGAAGCUGCGUUCUCGAACACUAGGCAGCCCCUGGGUCUGCACCUCCAGAGCCCACCCUACCACCAGACACAGAGCCCGGACCACCUGGACCUACCCUCCAGCCAUGACCCUUCCCUGCUCCCACCCACCUGACUCCAAAUAAAGAGCUUC